AUGAACGCAACGGAAGAAGUAUCCGGGCAGCGAGAAGCCGCAGCCAAGGGCAGCGACGGGUUGGCUACGUUCGGCCAUGCUCUGAAGCCAGAGUUCCCCUUUGAUCCGGAAUGGAGGAAUCUCAAUCAAGGCUCGUUUGGUACCGCUCCAAAUGCCAUCAUGGCGAGACGAGCCCACUACCAAACUCAGUACGAACUAAGACCGGACGCUUUCAUCCGUCGUGAGGUACCUCGUCUACUGGACGAAUCUCGCGCCGAGGUGGCCAAGCUAAUCAAUGCGCCGGUCCAAUCCGUCGUCUUUGUCUCCAAUGCCACCGAGGGAGUCAACACUGUGCUGAAGAAUCUGCAGUGGAACGAGGAUGGGAAGGACGUGAUGAUCGGCUUCAACACAAUUUACGACGACUGUGCGAGGGCUGAGGACUUUGUGGUGGACUACUUCAAGGACAAAGUGGACGUGACGGAGAUCACCUUGACGUACCCCAUCGAAGACGAUGAGAUUAUCGCCCUGUUCAAUGAACGGGUCAAGAAAAUCGAGGCUGAAGGCAAACGCGCCCGCCUUGCCCUGUUUGACGUUGUGUCCUCGAAUCCCGGAGUCUUGUUCCCCUGGGAGGCCAUGGUGUCCGCGUGUCGAGAUCUGGGGAUCAUGAGUCUCUUGGACGGCGCGCAGGGCAUUGGCAUGGUGCAUCUCGACAUGACGGCCACGAGCCCCGACUUUAUGGUCACCAACUGCCACAAAUGGCUCCAUGUACCUCGAGGCUGCGCUGUUUUCCAUGUACCGGAGAGAAACCAGCACCUCAUCCCGUCAAGUCUCGCCACUGCGCGUGGGUAUAUUCCACAGAACAACCACCGCGAGGGCAGGACGCAGCCCAUGCCUGAUGACGGGACCGGGAAGAACCAUUUUGUGAGGAACUUUGAGUGGACGGGCACCAGAGAUGACUCCCCCUUCUUGUGUGUCAAGGAUGCUGUUGCCUGGAGGAGGGACGUUCUGGGCGGCGAGGACAGGAUCAUUUCGUACUUGCAGGACCUCAACCUCAAGGGAAUCCAACACGUGGCCGAUAAGCUAGGGACGACGUAUCUGCAGAACAAGUCUGGCACCCUGACGAACUGCGGCAUGGGCAACGUCGCGCUCCCCCUCUGGGUCGGGGACAAUGGCAAAGCGCGGGGCUCGCCGGGUCAUGCCAUCCUGUCCAAGGAAGACGCGCCAAAGGCAUUUAACUGGAUGCAGGGCAGGAUGUUUGACGAGUAUAAGACGUUCAUGGCGCUUUGGGUUCGCUGGGACCGGUUCUGGGUUCGUAUCAGUGCGCAGGUCUAUCUUGAAAUGGACGAUUACGAGUGGGCCGGUAGAGUACUGGGGGAGUUGAGCCAGAGGGUUGCAAAGGGCGAGUUCAGGUCAUGA